UAAAUAUUUAUACAACUAGUAACAACAUAACAACAAUCUCAGCCUCAUCACACAUAUAAAGGAGAUAGCCAACAUCAGAAUACAAAGAGAUUCCAAACAAAAAAAGAUCUCUGAGUAAAAUUCCGAUGAGAUGACGGAAGGAAAAGAAUAUUCUCCGGCGAUGAUAUCAUCAGAUCCAUUCAUGUCCAUGAAGAAGAUGAAGAAGAGCAACGUACACAACAAGAACAACCAGAGAAGGUUUAGCGACGAGCAGAUCAAGUCACUGGAGAUGAUGUUUGAGUCUGAGACAAGACUUGAGCCAAGGAAGAAGGUUCAAUUAGCUAGAGAGCUAGGGUUACAGCCGAGGCAAGUGGCUAUAUGGUUUCAGAACAAGAGGGCUCGUUGGAAAUCUAAGCAGCUCGAGACAGAGUACAACAUUCUCAGACAAAACUACGACAACUUGGCUUCUCAGUUUGAGUCUCUCAAGAAAGAAAAGCAAGCACUAGUCUCCGAGUUGCAGAGGCUAAACGAGGAGAUGCUACACCAAACAAAGGAGGAAGAAAGGCAGUGCUGUGGUGAUCAAGCUGUGGUGGCUCUAAGCAGCACAGAUCAUGAAUCAGAAAACGAAGAGAACCACCCAAGGUGUGAACCGGAGGAGGUUAGACCGGAGAUGGAGAUGUAUGAUGAGAAAGGUCAUCAUGGGGGUUUGUGUGAUCAUCAUGAUCAUGAUGAUGAAGAUGGUUAUAACAGCAACAUCAAGAGAGAGGAGUAUUUUGGUGGGUUUGAGGAAGAACCAGAUCAUUUAAUGAACAUUGUUGAACCAGCUGAUAGUUGCUUGACAUCGUCUGAUGACUGGAGAGGUUUCAAAUCAGAUACUAGUCUCUUGCACCAAUCAAGCAGCAAUUACCCUUGGUGGGAUUUUUGGUCCUGAAACUUUAGCUCUUCAUAUAUAAGAUGAUGAAACAUAUUCAAAUCGAAAUUUAUCGGGAUGCAUAGCAUGAACCGAAGCCACGGAUAUAGAGGUGUUCAGUCCAGCAAACCGACAGCGGGGAUUUUGCAGGAUUUUUAGCUGAAUUUCAUGGUUUUGUCUGUGUAUAAAUUGUGUUAGAAAGUCGUAUAUUCUCAGUUAGUCUUUGUAAUUCUGUUUGUAGUGGUAAAGUACUCAUUAUGGUUUGUAGCUAAGUAGUAAGUUUAAGACUUAAUAGAUUAUGAUGAAUAAAAAAUCAAAGGCAGGUGAAUCAUAUAUAUAUA